AUGUCUGCUCCCCAAGACAAUCGCGACAAUGCCGACGAGCUUGUCGACAGCAUGAACAACCUCAACGUUGGUGGUGACGAGGGUCGUGUAGGACCUGAUGGUGAACCGCUUCCCAAGACCGACGAAGAGUAUGCCGAGUCGCAACUCACUUUGAGGGCCAUUGUUUCUUCCAAGGAAGCUGGUGUAAUCAUUGGCAAGGGCGGCAAGAAUGUGGCCGACCUCCGUGACGAGACUGGUGUCAAGGCCGGUGUCAGCAAAGUUGUCCAAGGAGUCCAUGAUCGCGUUCUGACGAUUGCUGGAGGAUGUGAAGCCAUUUCCAAGGCUUAUGCAAUUGUGGCAAAAGCUUUGCUGGAGGGCGCGCCACAAAUGGGUAUGGGUGGAGUCGUAUCCAACAAUGGCACGCAUCCUAUCAAGCUGUUGAUCUCCCACAAUCAGAUGGGCACGAUCAUUGGCCGACAAGGCUUGAAGAUUAAGCACAUCCAGGACGUCUCCGGUGUCCGCAUGGUAGCCCAGAAGGAGAUGCUUCCUCAAUCGACCGAGCGCAUUGUUGAAGUUCAAGGUGCACCAGAUGGAAUCCAGAAGGCUGUCUGGGAGAUCUGCAAGUGCUUGGUUGAUGACUGGCAACGAGGCACAGGAACCGUGCUUUACAACCCUGUUGUACGAACUCAACCUGGUGGAGGUCCUGGUAUGGGUCAAGGUCUGGGAGGAAAUGGACGUGGUGACUAUAACAACAACCGCGUCAUGCGAACAGGCAAUGGUGCCGAUUUCAGCGAGGGCGCCCCUCGACAAUACAAUAACCGUCGCUCCGACUCGGAUGCUGCCCAACGCGGUGGUCCACCAACUCACGAUGAGAACGGAGAGGAGUUGCAGACCCAGAAUAUCAGUAUUCCAUCUGAUAUGGUUGGCUGUAUCAUUGGCCGCGCAGGUAGCAAGAUCAGCGAAAUCCGCAAGACUUCGGGUGCUCGAAUCAGCAUUGCCAAGGCCCCUCAUGACGAGACUGGAGAACGGAUGUUCACAAUCAUGGGCAGCGCGAAGGCCAACGAGACGGCCUUGUAUCUCUUGUAUGAGAAUCUGGAGGCAGAAAAGAUGCGCCGAAGCCAGGGCAGCCCUCAGGACUAA